AUGGUGGAGCGCUGUGUGUCCGCUCGGAGCCAAUGGGGCCGUGGGGAGGACCUCAUUCCCGGGGGGGAGUUGUCCAUAAGGGCCUCACACCAUUGGAUCGUCUUAAAAAGGAGCUGGAGCCUGUGUUUCCCUCCUCUUGCCUCCCCCCCGCCGCUACCACCGCACCACCGCUGCAGCGGCUCCAGAAAUAGUCUCUCCGCGGUGGAACACGGGCUCAGUGGAAUGGCAUUGGACUUCGCCGCGGGCUGUGUGGGAGGUGCUGCUGGUGUAUUGGUUGGACAUCCUUUCGACACUGUGAAGGUGCGUCUUCAAGUUCAGAAUGUGGACAGACCUCUUUACCGUGGGACAUUCCACUGUUUCCAAUCAAUCAUACGCCAGGAGUCGACGAUGGGGCUGUACAAAGGCCUGGGCUCCCCCCUCAUGGGCCUCACCUUCAUCAAUGCCAUCGUGUUCGGGGUACAGGGGAACGCCAUGAGGAAGCUGGGCCGGGACACCCCUCUUAACCAGUUCCUGGCAGGUGCCUCUGCUGGCGCCAUUCAGUGUGUGAUCUGCUGCCCCAUGGAGCUGGCCAAGACCCGCAUGCAGAUGCAGGGCACAGGGGAGAAGAAGUCUAAGAGGAAGCUGUACAAGAACUCUCUGGACUGUCUGGUGAGGAUCUACAGGAAGGAGGGGCUGCGGGGUAUUAACCGCGGCAUGGUGACCACUCUGCUCAGAGAGACUCCUGCCUUUGGAUUAUACUUUCUGACCUACGACGUGAUUACGCGGCAUUUGGGCUGUGAGCCUGAAGACUCCUACAUGAUCCCCAAGCUGCUGUUUGCUGGAGGCAUGUCUGGCAUUGCCUCCUGGCUCUCCACGUAUCCUGUGGAUGUUAUCAAGUCCCGUCUUCAGGCAGACGGCGUGGGAGGGGUUCAUAAAUACAACGGUAUCAUGGACUGUGUGAGGAAGAGUGUUGAGAAGGAGGGUCUGAAGGUCUUCACCCGCGGCCUCACAUCCACACUAUUGCGAGCCUUCCCUGUUAACGCCACCACCUUCGCCACCGUGACUCUGUUCCUCAUGUACAUGAGGGAGGACAGAGAGUGCUCUAUCCAGGACUCUGACCCCCCUGGUGGCCCUCUGCAGUCACUGCAGCCACAGUCCCAGCCCAGCAGUAUGUGA